GGCCAGUCUCACAACACACACACACAACACACAACACACACACAACACACACACACAACCAGAACGUAAUAAUAAAUUUCUUGGAAUCGAAGUGUUUCUACUAACUGCGAACUUUGACCUACUUAAUAAAAAAUAAAGGAGCUUAAAAGAGUUGCGCAGAUUUAGCUCAACUCUGGAGGACUUGUUUGAUGCAAUGAUGUAGCAGAAAUAAUCUUGACCCAAGUGAUUCCAUGACACUUUUUGUUUCAGAGUAACAGUUCAAAUGUUUAGAGUUUCGGUUGUACUGGUUAUGGUCGUUUUCAACGUUUGUAAAGCCUCAUCACAGAAGUCAACAUUAUUAACUUUAACGAUUGGGAAAGAUGAUGGUGAGGAAGAUGCAGCGGUGGACGAAAAUGAAAUAUACAACGCCACGUGUACAGCGACAACUUUAAGUCAUGUGACUUUAUCGUGCGGUAACAUAACGGAGCUAAUGCAGGUCGAUUACAGCCUGACUGCUGCAGUCGUGUUUACCAGAAACACGUCAGGGACGGAUUGUAGCUGCACUGCUCAUGACGGCAAAGGAAGUGGCGAUGUACAGCUGGUUUCAAAGAGAAUUACCGUCAGAUAUGCAGCGUCUAUAACAAGUUUUGCUACGGACAAUUCGCAUAUAAUAGAUAACGGAAAUUGGGGAGGCAUUUAUUGUGAAGCUGUUGGCUAUCCACUGCCAAGAAUAACUUUGUGGAAAGACAAUAACAUCCUGAAAGAAAACCCGAGCGGUAGUAGCCUUUCUUUCCGACAGCUCAUGUCCUGUGCAGACACUGGGACAUAUCAUUGUCAGGCAGAGAAUGGGAUAUCUAAUAUGAACUCAACAGAAGUGAUCCAUACAAGAACCAUACAUUUAUAUGUCAGGUGCUCACUGCAGUUUAGCUCCACUGGGUCAGUGCACAAGUUCACUCAUAAACCCGGUGAGACAUUCAUCUCGACGUUUACCCUGAUGGGCUGGCCUGAGCCAAGUGAGUUUUCAGUCUUGAAGUCAGGUCUAGUCUCGAACAGGUUGACUGUGCACUAUUCCGUAGAGAAACUUCCGCAUGGAAAAGUAGAUCUUAAAAUUGAAGAGCUGCAAACUUCUGACUUUAGCAAGCACACUGUUGUGAUAUUUCAGCAUGGGUCUCCACUGCUGACCUACAACUUUGUCAUAGAAGAAGACACAGAAAGCAGUAGACCUAGUGUAAGCGUCAUUGCUGGAGCUGUUGUCGGAUCUGUUUUUCUUGUGACCACACUUUUUGUUAUCGUGAGACUCAGUAUGUCAAUCUGUUGUAAAAGGAAGAAAACAAUUAGUGAUCCAGCCAUAGAAGAACCAGGGAGAGAGAAUGGAUCUCACUUGGCGUCUGAGAGUUCUUACAUUCCAUCUGAAGGUUCCUACAAUGCGACUGAGAGUGAUUACAUUCCAUCUGAAGGUUCCUACAAUGCAUCUGAGUGUGAUUCCAUUCCAUCUGAAAGUUCUUUCCUCUCACCUGAAACGCCUUAUAUACCAUUUGAGAAUGAAAUAUCAAGAUUGUAACAGUAAUCGAAAACAUGAACAUUGAAUGAAAGAUGUUUUAGCUUCAUGUAUAUUUUAAUGUGUUCAGUAGAUGAAUGUUCAGAAAUCUCUCAACUAUAGUCGAAAGCAGAAAGUGUCUUCAUCAAAUACUUUGGUUUAACUCAAUUGAACACAGAUCUAGCAGUUGGAUUGGCCGGUUGGUGCUAACUGGACUCAUUUUAUAGCAGUUUUGAGUAACAAGUGAUAUAUACCCUUUUUUAAUUGAAACACACAUCUCUAGCAAAACGAAAAAAUGGUUUAAACAAAUUGUUUUAUGCUUUUGUGUUUCUUGUGGUUUAAAGACAUUUAGCUCUUGCUUCUGUACCAUGAGGACAAAGUUUGAUUUUUAAUUAUGAAAUGAAGGUUAUUGUAAAGUAUUAACCUGGCGAUUGAUAGGAAAAUCCCCCUAAAUUGCCCUAAAUAAUCAGCAACUAUUGGGGGCAGUUGAGUAGCUAAGAAUUUUCCAAGACGGGGUGCUUGACCUCUUUGGGGCCACUGCAUUUUGACAUUCGACAAGAUGACACGAAAUAAUGGUGUAAUAGUUAACGAAAAAACAAAUUUAUUUGGAAGCCCCCUCAAUUGAGAGCCCGAGAGAUUUUCAAAUUCUUCCCCCUCCCCCACCAUAGCUACGCCAGUGAUGGGGGGUUGGGUUCCUUUAAUUUUUUUUUCCUGAACCCUAUCUAGAUGAUGGAGUCACCUGUGAUAUCUACGCCUGGUGCCCUUGAGCACAAUUUGGGCAUUGAUCGAUGCGGUGCACAUCUCGAGUAAAUAUCUACAGGACCAUUUGGGUACUUAACAUGUGGACCUAUGUAUAUCUUUUUUUUUUUAGGAUAACUCAGCUUUUUUAGCUUGUGACAUCAAACUGUCGUGCAACUUUAAUCCUAGGAAUGCUUGGGCUUUUGCUUCUUUUCUUUUUUGGGGCUCUGUCUCUUUUUUGGGGCUCUGUCUCUUUUUUUGGGCUCUGUCUCUAUUUUGGGAUCUGUCUCUUUUUUUGGGCUCUGUCUCUUUUUUUGGGCUCUAUCUCUUUUUUGGGCUCUGUCUCUUUUUUUGGGCUCUAUCUCUUUUUUGGGCUCUGUCUUUUUU